AUGGAGAAUUUAUUGGACGCCGUGGUUACACUUUCCACACAACCGGCCGGUGGAGAAGAACAACUAGCGCCAGCGCCUCGCCGGGAGAUCAUUGGCAGGUCAGACUGGUUGGCCUCCGCCUACCAGUCUGGCCAGCAGGCUCUCCUGCUCUGUGAUAGGGCCAAACCCGGCGAGCUUGUUCGGCCCUUGUAUCGAGAUGUAUCGAUCGCAGACGAAUCGACACGGGAGAUUGGCCCUUCGCCGAGCUGGCCCAUGCUGCUCCUCAUUUGCCUAGUGGCCGUGUCAUCGUGCGCGGAAGUCUUCUGCGUUGAAACUCCGCAGAUCCUGGACUACUGA